AUGGCCUGUUAUUAUAACAUUCCGAACAAAGUGAAUUUGCCGCUUAUGUCACCUUCAAAAGAUAUCGAUCCGAUUUUUAUCAGUAAAUCCAAACCAUCAAUUAUCAUUGAAAGUGAAAAGAAAACAGCAAGACAAAUAAAACAUCGCCAUCCGAAUAUCAGUAAUGCAAAAGAAAAUACACCUCCAAGGCGUAUUGCAACAUAUAAUAAACUUUAUAAACCAUUGCAAACAGUGGUUAAAAAUACUGUACCAAAGCCAGAUCCUCGACGUCUGUUUAAUUUUAUUGAUACUAAUACGGAUUCUCGUCUUAGUUACCUUGAAUUUCGUUCUUGGAUGCUUGUCAUUGAUAAGACAUUAGCUGAACAUGAAUUAUUCCAAUUAUUUAAUGAAAUAGAUCGAAAUAGUGAUGGUUUUAUUCAAUAUAAAGAAUUUCGAGAUUAUUUUGGUGAAGAUCUUUUAACAGAUGAAGCAAAUGUUGUUGAAUUAACUGCUUUAUUUAAUGAAAUUAAUACUGAUAAAUCGAGUUCUAUAACACUCGAUCAACUUUUAGCAUUUUUUAAUAGAAAUUCAACAAUGAUAACAGAACAAGAAGCACGAAUUUUUCUUGGUAUGGUUUCCGAUGCUGGAAAUGAAAAUAGCAUCUCACUUAAAGAAUUUUUAAAAGCAAUGCAUGAAUGGAAAGUGUAA